CGUGGUCGAAGGCGACGGCGGCGUCCUGGCGUCAUCUCCAAAUCUCGGCCAGCGCCAGCAAUUUUGGCUAUAAAUACAAAUGUCGGCACGCAGCUUGGCUUAAACUUACAUUGUUAUCCUAGUUCACAACAUCGCUCGGGGUCUCCUCAACUUCGCCGAACAAAACACAUUCGCUACGUGACGUUGUUAGGACGGAAUCCUCAUCCACCCACUCGCGCCAGGACAACUCCGUAACUUGAAACUCCAACGAAAAACACAAACCCCCGGUGCCACGCCCCCCAACCAGGACAACAAUGGGAGUGCCACGGAGGCAGGGAACUGGAAUUGGCUGUGGAAGUGGACACAGGUGGCUCUUGGUUUGGAUGACGGUGCUGCUCCUGGUCGUCCCGCCGCAUCUGGUCGACGGCCGUUACCUGCCGACAAGGUCGCAUGGCGACGAUUUGGACAAGUUGCGUGAACUGAUGCUGCAGAUUUUGGAGUUGAGCAAUGAGGACCCACAACAGCAGCAGCAGCAGCAGCAGCAACACCCACAGCUGCGUCUCCGCAAUGAGGCCACCGGUGGCAGCAGCAGCAGCAGCAACAUCAACAAUCCACGCGUGUCCAACGGCAACUCGAAUGCCGCCUGGCUGCAGAAGCUGAGUGCCAUGGGUGCCCUGGACGAGUUGGGCGGAGAUGGAGCCCGGUUCAAUCCCAACUAUGGGCGUUAUUAAGCCAUCUGGGCCGGGAACACCUGACGACAACAGCCACCACGACUAUGGACACGGAAACUAGGGGAAGGGGGGAAGCCAUGUUGCGAGCGAAAAUGUUCUGGGUCCGAAAAAGGGGAUACUAGUGUCGGAAAUGUUCACAGGAUUAAAAUCCAAUUGAAACGAAAGCAAAGUGCGUGAAAAUGGACAAAUAAAUGGAGCAAAGGAUUGUCCUGGAAAUCGCUUUGAAGUACUUUGAACGAGCUUGUGCCAUUUUGGAAUGUUGUGAAGGACACUUUGGAAAAUCACUUUCAAAUGCUUGAGACCUUUUAUAAAAUUAUAUUAGCGGACCCUUUUGAUUCCUGCAUAUGCAAAACCUACUCACAAAUGUUAAUUUGAUUAUACUCCCUUUAAAGUAAUUUAUUAGUAUUUAUUGCAAAAAACUUGUCUAUUUCUUUACGCAAGCUCCUUGCCAAAGAAUGUGUUAAUUUGGGUUCCUUAAAAAUAUACAAAGUCCAAUAAUAUUUUUCAUAACAAAAGAAAUAUUUGCAAAGUUUUUUGCCAAGCAUUAGUAUACCAUUCCAAAAGUUUAAACAUGGUUUUCCCUCUGCCCCGAACUGAAUUACACUUACUGGUUUAAAACGAUAAACAGAGGAUAAAUUCAGAAUUGAAAUGAAACUGGAAAACUUAAAAGGACAAAAACAGUUCCUAUGCUAGAACAAUAAUUUUUAAAAUCCUUUGGGUAAGCCCGAAGUGUAAAAUGUACCUAUAUGUAUGUACCUAUGUGUUGUAGAGCAACCCCGUCCCUCUGAAAAAGAAAAACUCUGAAAAAAAAACCCUUAAUGGUGUAGACUAAGUGCGGAUUUUCAACUUCUUUUUGCGCGGUCAAACAAGAGAUAAAAAAAAAUUAAAAGUGCGAUAAAAUUGUAAAUAUUUUACCCCGAAAACUUCCACAACCGCCCCACGAACAAUAAUAACUGGAGUUUUAAUGGGCCCCAAGGCUGGCCAGGCAUAUGAAGAUAUAUUGUAAAACGUAUUGUGUAUUUAUAAAUUAUACUACUCUCAACUAACCUCCACUAGAUGGCCUCCGCUGGAAGAUGGGCCCAAGUUUAAUGCGAUUUCGGUUGAGACUUUAUGGCCAGCAACGUGUCGAGGGAGAUACAUAUAUAUGUACUUAUACACACUACUUAAUUCGUACCCAUAUAUAAAUGUACAUUUAAUUGUUGUUAACUUACGUUAUCUUUAUUACUUAUGACUCGCCGCAGAAGCAACAAUAAAAGAAAUCAUUUUCAAUGCAA